AGAGAAAGGUUCUUGUUCCCUAAGGUGGCCCCGCCUUCUCCUCCCUCUCCGUUCUGGCUCGUGAGCGGACUGCGCUCCAGGGGGGGACACAAGUCAGAACUCUCCUCCUCUAUUGUUCUGGAUCUGGAGCGGAACGGGACGCGCGGCAGUCUGUCGGUAUGACGGGCUCGAGCGGCGUUCCGUGCCUUGGGAUUCUGCUUCUCGUUGCUGUCCUGCUGCAGACAGUGGCCGUCACCGUCACCGUGCUAUACUUCACCAAUGUUCUUAAUUCGAUGAAGGAGACGUUCGCCAGGGGCAGCGUCUCGUGCCUCACACGCGCCAAUCUGCGGGGUGCCUACCUGCGCGCGGCCGACGAGGGCCGCGGGGACCCGUGUUGGCAAGUCACGCAGCAGCUGCACAGCCUCAUUGAAAAGUCCUUGUCCCAGAGAUACCAGUUGGAGAUCUCCACAGCGGUCAAAGAUGAGGUGUCACGGGUGUUGCCCUCACUUGUAAUGGAAGACAUCGCUUCACCCCGCCCCAAAGUGGCCGCCCACGUCACAGGAAGCUACGUGUCCACAGUGGAGAUGGAGGAGGGAGUUUCUGCCAUCCGUCGCAUCCAGGGGCAGAAGAUUACGUGGUGGGAGGGGCAAAAGGGCCUCGCCUUCCUGCGAGACAUCCGAUUGGUUGACGGGGAGCUGGUGGUGCCACGCCCGGGCCUGUACUAUGUCUAUGCCCAGACCUACUUCAGACACACCCAUUCCCAGGAGGAGGAGGGGGAGGAGGGGGAGGAGGACAGAGGGAGGCCCAUGCUCCAAUACGUGUACAAGAAGGUCACCUCCUACCCGGUCCCCAUCCUGCUGAUGAAGACGAGUCGUACCCCCUGUUGGUCCCGGGCCUCCCAGUUCUCCCUCCACUCCGCCCACCAGGGGGGGCUCUUCCCCCUCGCCGCGGGCGACCGCCUCUUCGUCACCGUGAGCAACGCCUCCGCCGUCGACAUGGACGAGAGAAGCAGCUUCUUCGGGGCCUUCCUACUCAGCUAGGGGAGGGUCGAAGGUCGAAGACGGGAGCCAGAGUGGAGGGGGGGGUCGGGCUUGGGGCAUGACACUGCAGCACUGUGAGACUGUCACAUGAGAUGUAGUUGUCGGUGCCUGUCUCUGUUCUGUGUGGACUAGAGAGGGAGAGUAGCUCUAGCCAAACUGAUACAUCUAACGGCAAGCCAAAUAAAAACAUCCUUGUCUGUUCAGCUCUCAAACCAAAGGAGGAGACAAAAGGAUCGGUUGAAACAUCUGGGUUUUUCUUAAGAGGAUUGUUGCGGAUUGCCUGCUUCCAGCAUUCUCCAUCGCCAAACACGAAUGACUUUUCCUUAUACAGGAACUCGCCCUGUCCUGGGACAUGGGAUACCUGUAAAUACGGGUACUGUGUGGUUUCUGAUGUUCCAACUUGUACAGCAAAAUGCUUGGUUUUCUUUCCACGAUUGUAGCCCGUCACAGCCAACGAUGACAUAACCCAACGAGAAGAGCGCUGCAAGUGAUUUACCUUGGCACCUCCCACGGCUCACUGCUUUUAUUGUCAACUGUCGGUUUAUCGACGCUGUGUGUAGACUCGUGUAUCGGCUGGCUCCUCAGUUUAGGGGCGAGGGAGUCAGCUUGUUCUGCUCAACUCAGCAACGACACUGCCAAUUGUUGAUUCAUAACUUGUGUAGAUCCAGACAGUGUGUGUGUGUGUGUCUGGGAGGGUGGGGGGGGGGGAGGGGGUUAGGGAGCAUGGUGUUCUCAUCAAACUAUCCUCACUCCUUCUCAAGGUUUAUAUAGACCCAUACCAAACAUUGUAGCCAUAAAACCAUGAGGAUGUUUUUAAAACGAGGGGAAGGAGAUGUUUAUGAGCCUUUGAAGAGUACCCAGUAAAGUACAAUUGAAUGUGAAUGUAAAUAUAAAAUGGACCAAGUCUGUAAAUAUGUAUGAAAUAAAGACGUUGUGAACGACC